CGAAGGUUAGGUGAGCAGAGCCAAGUGUAAGUGGAGUUCAAAUAAAAUGACUAGGACCGAUACACCUCCCGAAUCUUGUGCUUCUUGGAGCAUCCUGUCUGGACCGGAAAUGCCUGGGAUUCCGCUCCGGUCUGCUAAAGAGCACUGUGUUGAAAGGGCCAGGGAGGGAGCAGGAGCAUUUUGUAUCUCUUCACACACUAGCAUCACCAGCCCUGAGCCGGAUCCUGUUUCAUGUGGAUAAACCAACACGUAAAAUGCACUACCAGGUCAGGCUUAUCAUCGCGGCAGCAGCACAGUCGACGUGAACGCCUGCCUGGACACUGGAGAGGAUUAAGUUACUGCUGCUGUUCGCGGUGGAUUAUUUUAUUGGCCUCCUCCUGUCACGAGUCUGCAGAUUUUCUGAAUCCCAGUUAGGAUAAGUCACCCAAUUAAAAUAUCACAGACAUGUCUUUUCGGCGUGGCGUUGUAAGGCAGAGCAAGUUCCGCCAUGUUUAUGCCCAGGCAUGGAAAGCGGAGCACUGCAUUGAUGAUGUCAGGGUGUCCCGCGUGACAUGGGACUCUCCCCUCUGUGCGGUCAACCCCAAAUUCAUCGCUGUCGUCAUCGAAGCAGGUGGAGGAGGUGCUUUCCUGGUCGUUCCCAUCAGCAAGAGUGGCAGAAUUGAUCAGUCCUGUCCGACAGUGUGUGGCCACGCUGCGCCAGUGCUGGACCUCCAGUGGUCACCUCAUGAUGACAACAUCAUUGCUAGUGCCUCGGAGGACUGCACUGUGAAGUUGUGGCAGGUCCCAGAUGGAGGUCUGACAAGUCCUAUGACUGAGGCCAUUGUGACUCUUGAGGGCCACAGUAAAAGAGUGGGCAUCCUAGCCUGGCACCCGAGUGCUUUUAACAUCCUCCUGACUGCAGGCUGCGAUAACGUCGUUUGUGUUUGGAAUGUGGGCACGGGGGAGCUGGUGUAUCAGCUGGCCGACGCCCACCCAGACCUAAUCUACAAUGUGAGCUGGAACAAGGAUGGCAGCGUCCUCUGCACUGUCUGCAAAGACAAGGCCUUGCGUGUCAUUGACCCCCGAAGAGGCACAGUACUCAAGGUGAGAGAGAAGGUUCAUGACGGCACCAGGCCUAUGAGAGCUGUCUUUCUCUCAGAUGGAAAAAUCCUCACCACUGGCUUCAGCCGUAUGAGUGAGCGACAGCUGGCAUUGUGGGAUACGAAAGACCUCUCAGAGCCAAUGGCUGUACAGGAAAUGGACACAAGUAAUGGAGUUCUUCUUCCCUUUUAUGACCCAGAUACAAACAUGGUCUAUUUGUGUGGAAAGGGUGAUUGCACCAUCCGGUACUUUGAAGUGACAGAUGAAUCCCCGUACGUUCACUUCCUCAGCUUAUACAGUAGUAAGGAGCCACAGAGAGGUGCAGGCUUUCUCAGUAAACGAGGUGUGGAUGUCAACAAAUGUGAAAUUGCCAGGUUUUACAAACUGCAUGAGAGGAAAGUGGAACCCAUCUCUAUGACUGUACCAAGAAAAUCAGAUCUGUUCCAGGUAGACCUCUACCCCGACACAGCCAGCCUGGAGCCAGCUCUCCUGGCUGACGAAUGGAUUGCUGGGCAGGAUGCUCCACCACUUCUGGUCUCCUUAAGUGGAGGAUACACAGCUCUUCCAUCCAAGCACAGAGACACUCUCAGGAUCAAGCCCAAACAUGCACUGCAGGACUCCGGCAAUGCAGCUGCCUUGCAUUCACCAGGCCAUGUAGCAGCUACUACAGGCACCAAUGAGGUGGAAGAAGAGGGUCAACAUAUUCAAGAACCCACGAGAGAGAUAGAUGAAAACACAGAUGGGGCCAAGAAAGAGGACGAUGUUUUGAACGAGUUGUUGGCAGAAAUUAAAGCCCUACGCGCUGUCGUGCUUGCUCAGAACCAGAGAAUCGAGUUGCUGGAGAGGCAGCUCGCUCGGAUCGAAGACGGCGAUGUAUGAGGGAGCAGCAGACUCCCUUCGCUGAGAGGUUGUUCUCUGCUAAGCCCAUAGACCAUAGCCUUAUUUGAAACAAUACCUUAAGCUGUUUCAGUUGAAGGAUGUAGUGUGCUGUAGCAAGUGACUGUGAAUCACAGCAGGUUACAAAAAUGUCUUCACACUUAUGUUAUUUGGUCUUUUUUGAAAAUUGCUUCAGAGCAGGUGGUCAUCUGCAUAGAGUGGCAUGUUACAAUGAGAUGUGUUUUGUAGGUUUUUAUGAGGGAGUGCAGCAGUGUGUUGUGUAUAUAAUGUGUUAGCUUUGCAAAAUAGACAUUAAUUUUGAAGGAGUUUUAGUGGCACGAUUGCCUCUAAGUCCUGCAUAUGAAGGUUCACAUUCUAUAGCAACGCAAUCAAGUACCUCUGAUGUGAUAUUCUGUUCUCGUGAUGCACUCAGAAAAGUUAAUAUUAGGGCUAUUCAAUCAGGUAGUUCAAGCUCCCGUUUAACUUCAUUAGAAACCCUCAAGCAUUUAAUCAUUCUGUGAUUUGUGCUUUGUUAUACGUCAUUAUAAGAGGCUGUGUGUAAGGUUAAGGCUACAAGUACUGAUAAUGUUCUCUCUGAAUGCUAGUUGAUGAGAGUGUAGUUAAACAUUUAUAUGAAACGUUCUUCUGUGUAGUCUUGCAGUUGAUAAAAAGAAAACACUCAAGUCAUGAGGUGAGAUUUGUGUCAAUGUGUGUACACAAGCACUUCACCGUGUAAUAACUCAGUGUAGCACUAUCGCUGGUACACACUGUACCAUUAUAACACAAGAAAGAUGAGAUGACAUUACUGUGAUGUACGUAACAUUUUCUACAGUUUGAAAUAACAUUUGUGACGUGUGGGGUUUGUUUUCCUUUGGCAUUACGUACAGUAUACAUUCAGACACUUUUUUGUUACGUUGGCACCUUCCCCUUCACACUUAACACACAAUUGUCAUAUUGUUGUCAAAGUGUUUCUUUCUGCACUAACAUCUUAGUACUAAUUGUAAAACUAAUAGCAUCUCAAACUCAAUAAAUAUUCAUUCUUUCUUUGUACAAAUGAAAA